AUGAAGGAAGCUCAACCUCCCGUGGCCAACAUCAACAACAAGCCCUCUCCCUUAAACACCACCAAACCCCUUCGGUUUCUUGUCAUCGGGGCCGGAUCGCGGGGAACGGCCUAUGCCCGUGCCGUGACGACCACCACCGUCGGGGUGAUCCACGCCAUCGCCGAGCCCCACGCUUUCAAACGCCAGGAGUUCGGCCGCAACUUCAUCUGGGGCGAUAAAGGUGGCAGCAGCCCGCACGAGGGCCAGGAAUUCACCGACUGGCAGGAAUGGCUGCAGUGGGAGCUGAAGCGUCGUCAACAGACUCCACACGCUACCCAACCCCCAGGCGUGGACGGCGUCUUCAUCUGUACCCUCGAUGAGACCCAUAUCGAGAUUCUUCGCGCCAUUGCCUCGCUCCAACUACAUAUCCUCUGCGAGAAGCCGCUGGCCCUGUCGCUGGCCGACUGUCUCACGGCCUAUCGCGUGCUGGGCGGCCAGUCGCCAUCGACGAUCUUCUCCAUCGGUCAUGUCCUGCGAUAUAGUCCGCAUAAUAUCCUGCUAAGGAAACUCCUGCUCGUCGACCGCGUCAUCGGCGAUAUCGUCUCCCUCGAGCACUGCGAGCCCGUGGGAUGGUGGCAUUUCUCUCACAGCUACGUCCGCGGCAAUUGGCGCCGUCAGACCCCCGCCGGAGACGGCUCUCUUCUCACUAAAUCGUGUCAUGAUAUCGAUUUUAUCCUCUGGUUGCUGUGCUCUCCGCCACCGGUCCCUUCCUCGGACGCCAACGCAGACGUAGAUGCCACGACGGAAGAUUCUCAACCACCCCAUCUCCCCCGCUCUAUCUCCUCCACCGGCACUCUCACUCAAUUCCGACCCGCCCGGAAACCACUCGCCGCUGGCUCCGCCACAAACUGUCUCUCCUGUCCAGCCGAGCCGGAAUGCAAUUACAGCGCGCUGAAAAUCUACCGUGACAUGCACGUGAAGCAGUCGAUCUUCGACUGGCCCGUGAAUAUCGUCUGCCCGGACAUUGAAGACGUAAUUCGUCCUUGCACAUCCUCCUCCACCGAGAACUCCUCCCCAACGGAGAACCCAUCAUCCCCCGCCGCCAUCGCGGCAGCAGAAAUCCACCUCCUCAAACGCCUAGGAGAAGAUUACUCCCGAGAGAGCAUGACCGAUACCGAAAUCGCCUCGCGGCCAUGGUACGGCCGGUGCGUGUACGACGGCGACAAUACCGUCUGCGACGACCAAAUCGUCACCAUCACCUGGGACGACGAACAGCUUUCCCCUCCCCUCGCUUCUUCUUCAAAAACACCCCUCCGCCUCGCCAAAACAGCAACCUUCCAUAUGAUCGCCCCCACGGAAAAACAAUGCGAACGACGGGGUCGUGUCUACGGCACAAGGGGCGAAAUCAGCUACGACUCGCGCAAUAUCAGCAUAUACUCGUUCGCGACGCGGUCGACCACCCACAUCGCCGUGCCUAAGCAAGCGCCCGAGGAAGAGAAGUCCCACGGCGGUGGGGACUAUGGAUUGGCGCGCAGUUUCGUGAAGGCGGUUGAUGCGGUGGUGAGUCGGGGGAUGGGGGUUGAGGAGGCGCAGAGACGGUUUGUGGGGUGUACGUUGGAGGAAGCGGUUAGGAGUCAUGCGGUGGUGUUUGCGGCAGAAGAGGCGAGGAGGGAGGAGAAGGUUGUGAAGUGGGGAGAAUGGUGGGGGGAGAAAGUCUCUGGACUUGAGGGUUGA